CACAUACGCUCUCACAGUGAGAGCCAACGAAUGCGCCUGCAUGUCUCACUCGCUCAGAGAAUCAAUUCCUCUUCCAGCAGAUCAAGCUACAGCAGCGAGCACCUGGAUGAACGGGUCUCUCCUUGACUUGAACGCUGAUCACAGCCCCUGAAUCUCUGAGAGAAACGCAUCAACUGACCGGAGUACUGAAGGAGAGAUGAGGAGGGACACCGGUUAACAGAUCAAAGGACAACUCUGUGAUCACAUUGCUUCUGUGUCAUUUCCUCCGCUCAGUUACUUGUUUCUUCUGUCGGACACUGCUGUGGUUUGGGGAGAAGGCAGAACGGGUGUGUUGGUCCCCCUCUCUUCUCUUCUUUCUCUCUCUGUCAGUCUCUCUGUCUUUAAAUGUAAGUGGAAGGUGGGUUUGUGGGGAGUGAUUAAAGGAGUGGGGAUAAACGUUGCGGCCAGCUGGAGAGAUGGGAAAAUCCAACAGCAAACUAAAGCCGGAGGUCGUGGAAGAUCUGUGCAGAAAGACCUACUUCACGGAAAAAGAAGUUCAGCAGUGGUAUAAAGGUUUUAUUAAAGACUGCCCCAGCGGUCAGCUGGACGCAGCUGGAUUUCAAAAGAUCUACAAGCAGUUCUUCCCCUUUGGAGACCCCACGAAAUUUGCCACCUUUGUUUUUAAUGUCUUUGAUGAGAACAAGGAUGGACGCAUAGAGUUCUCUGAGUUCAUUCAAGCACUGUCUGUCACAUCAAGAGGGACGCUGGAUGAGAAACUCAGAUGGGCUUUUAAACUUUAUGAUCUUGAUAAUGAUGGAUACAUAACCCGAGAUGAGAUGCUGAACAUCGUGGAUGCCAUCUACCAGAUGGUGGGAAACACAGUGGAACUUCCUGAGGAGGAAAACACGCCAGAGAAAAGAGUCGACCGCAUCUUUGCUAUGAUGGAUAAGGUGAAGUCUCCAACUGCAUUAAUUUUCUGUUUAUAUAUUUAUUUAUUGUCUUCAACUACCAUUUGUCUUGUUUUGUAUGCACUCAACAGUAAUUUAUAUGGUAAAAUAAAUUUGACUGCCAUAGUAGAGCGGGUGUACUUUCCCCCAUCCUACUCACACAAGAGCUUAGUUUUGCUGUCUAUUUAAAAAUCAAAGCAAAAUUUGCACGGGGAAUAGGAUAAGGUCCUAUUCAUCACAAAAGCUUUGCUGACUGUGUUUUUAAGCCAUCCAUUUCUCCGCACCUCUCAGUCGCGCCUUUCAGUGAAUCUGUAAUAACUCGCAUAGAAAUUUCUGUUAUGAUUUUACAACAAUCUCCCGUGAGUUCCUUUUUAGCAUGACUAUUCUUAUCUGAAUACGAUCUGCUGUGAUUUUCAGAAAAGCUGUCUUUCAAAAGGCACUAGAAACAGAAGGCACGUCACAUCAAAGACGUAAAAUUGAAGCUCUUUUGCAGUAGUCUAGUGGCCUUCGGAAAGCUUUGAUAAAAAGAGCCUUUGAAAGGAAACGCAGCUCUAAAGAGAAACAAGACGUCUUUAUUCAUCAACCGCAUUGCGCUUCUACCUUAUUCCCCAUCGUGUCGACAGAAUUCUGUGUGCGGUUGAAAACAGUGGUUGUGAGUAAUCAUCUUUCAUUGUUGUUAGCAGAAUGCAGAUGGAAUGCUGACCCUCCAGGAGUUUCAGGAGGGCUCAAAAGCAGACCCCUCUAUUGUACAGGCACUCUCCCUUUAUGACGGCCUUGUGUAGACACAUCUCAAAGUGAAUAUAUUCUGCUUUUUCAACUGGAAUGCAAGAGCAGAAUAACUGUAUCGCACAUCUUUUUGUUUUUCAAUGGAAAAUUGAUCUUUCUAAUUAAAGAUCUAGUACGGAUUAUACAUUAUUAUUAUAAUUAAAUUAUUAUAAUUAUAAUUAUCGGAUUAUAUUUAGUAAUGUUGUCUCAUUUAGUAAAUAGUCUUCGAACAAAGUGAUGAAAAUGUUUCACAUUUAUUUAUGUAACUGUUUGAAAGUGUAAAUCUGAUUGGCUGUUUUUGUUUGUUUAAAUGUCCUGAUAGAAGUUUAUGCUAUAUGACAUCAUGCAAUUCAUUAUUCAACAACCUUUCAAUCCUUACCUUAUUUAGGUAAUUACAACAAUCCAUUUAUGUCAUUCUGCUGGCACUGUGAGAGGAAAGUGGACCUGUCAUGUAGAAUCCUGCAAACUCUUGGAGUUGCCACAACAGAAGUGCAUUGUCGGUGCUGUCUUGAGAGUGGAUCAGCUGUCAAUCCCUCAUCUCCACUGUCACUGGAAAUCAGACUUUUUUGGAAAUCAAAAAGACAAUGUGAACACUGAACACUCCUUUCGAAAAGAGUGUAAGACCCUAAUGAGAUGGAUUUGGUCUUUUGUUGAAGUAAUGAAGGACAAUUUUAAAAGACAGAGACUGACAAAAUGUAUUAAAGGGCACAUAUGUCAGUGUUAAGAAAAUGUUCAACUAAAAGAUUUUAAGCACCAGUGAACAAGCUCCAUAUAUUGCUUUGGUCUUUGUCAUGAUAGGAUGGACCCACCGCAGCUGGAUUUUGGUCUGGCUUUCACUACAUGAUGAACAAAAAUAAAGCGCUACAUCAUUUGACUGUUGUUGGCAUUGGAGUUGCCAUUAAAGGGACAGUUCACCCAAAAAUGAAAAUUCUGUCAUCAUUUACUCACCCUUAUGUAAUUUCAUACCUGUAUAAAUUACUUUGUUCCGAUGAACACAGAGAAAUAUAUUUGGAAGAAUGUUAGUCAUUUUCAGUUCCGGGACAUCAUUGACUACCAUAGUAGGAAGAAUUAAAUGGUAGUCAAAGGUGCCCCAGAACUCUUUGUUUUCCUAAAUUCUUCAAAAUAUCUCAUUAUGUGUUCAACCGAACAAAAAACAAAGCAUUUUUCCCUACUAUAGUAUAGUAUGCUAACAUUCUUCCAAAUAUCUUUCUCUGUGUUCAUUGGAACAAAAAAAUGUAUACAGGUUUGAAACAACCUGAGGGUGAGUAAAUGAUGACAGAUUUUAAAUUUUUGGAUGAACUAUCCCUUAAGCAACAUGCUAGGGUUGUAUUAAUUUAUAUAUUUUUAUGUAAGCUAACAAACUUCAACAAUAAACAAAACGAUCUUUAGGUCUUAUGACA